CUUUGUUCUCUAUGCGUAAUAAUAAAAAAAAAAAAAAAAAAGUGCAUGUGGAUCAUGGAAAUUUGUUAUUAUUAUUGUGUUUUAAAAUAUGAUUCAUCGUGAUAGUGAUUAAUUAUUUUAUUGUCAUUUGAUAUAGAAAUAAAAGAAAGAAGAAAAAAAAAUUUAAUUUUUUUUUCUCCUCCCCCUUAAAUGACUCGCCACAAGAAUAAUUAAAUGCAACAUUUUUGUCGAGCAAUGAGGAAAAUUGCAAAAAUCGACAAGAAACAUUACUUUAUAUUGUUGCUGAAGGUCCUAAUGAUUCUUUAAAUUAUUUUUGGAAUUUUAUUGAUAAUCCAUCGGUUCUCGUUGCUGUAACUAAUCCAAUGUCAAAAUUAAAUAUAACAUGGUCAGGUGAUCCAUUUUUAUUAAAUAAUAAUAAUAAUAAUAAUAACGAUAACAAUUGUCUACCUGAUAAAAUUACGUUCAACGAAUCAGCUAUUUUUGCCUAUGGCCUAAGUAUUAAUAAGAUAUACGAAUUUAAUGAUGUCAAUGACAAUGGAAAUAUUAAUUCAUCGAAUAGUGCAAAUAUUAAUAUAUUAAAUCCACGUUAUUUUAAGUGGUACAUUAGAAAUAAAAGUUUUAAUGAUGAGUCAAUUGAACUUGAAAUGGUGGGACAUUCUUAUUUUGAUGAGGAAAAAAAUAUUACAAGAACUGGUAGCAUUACACUUUUGAUCAAUGUAUUUGGUACACUUGAACGUGUCAAUGAAAAACCAUCAAUGUUACAUUCAGAGAAUACAACGCAAAUUGAUUUAUCAAUUGAUAAUUUUGAGACAAAUAACACAUUUACAAGCAGUCGUUUUGCAAUUGAAUUAUUAUUUAUAAAUGAUGGCGAGCCAAAUUUAAUAAUUCCAAUAAAUAUUAAAAAAACAAUCAACGAUGAACAUACACCGGGAAUAUUUAAAUUUAUUGAAAUUAAUUCACCUUACAAUAAUAGUGAAUAUUCAAUAGAAGAGAAAAACAACAACAACAACAACAAUAAUAAUAAUAAUAAUGAUAAUAAUAAUAAUAAUAAUAAUGAAAAUAAUUUACCAUCAAUGUAUUUACAAUGGCGACCUAUUUCUUAUUUGACAAAAGAACGUGAAAUGAAAUAUUCAAGUGAUGCAAUUAUUUAUCAAUUAAAAAAAUCGGAAAAUAUUUUAAAUGACAUAAAAAACAGUAUUUUAUUAUCAUAUUAUGAAAAUAAUAUUAAUCAUAUUGUUGUACGUAAAUUUAAUAUUUCAUUUGGCAGUAAUGGCGAUGGAUUUUACAAGAAAUCAAAAUAUAAUUCAUGGACAUUUCUACUUGGUUACAAUCAUUCACUUGAUGAACAAUUGACAACUGAAACAAUUGUUAUCAUCUCCAAUGUAAUAGGCAUUCCUCUAUUAUUUAUAAUUUUUUACAGUUCUCUAAUGUUUAUACGCAGGACAUCAACGAGAGAAUAAAAAAAUAUUUUUUUAAAAAUAAGUUUUUUUUUAUAUUUUUAGAAAUUGUUGAAACAUAAAAGAGAAUAUAAAAAGAAAAAGGAAGGAACACCUGAAAUGCUCAAAAAAAAAAAAAAUUUCUAUUCCCUAUUUUUUUUAAUAGGAAAAAAUUUUGUAUAUAUAUAUAUAUAUAUAUAUAUAUAUAUUAUAUGUAGAUAUAUAUCGAAAUGUAUAAAUUGUUUAUGUAAAUCGAAAAUAAUUAUAUUUAUAUAGAUAAAAAGUAUCGACAGGAAUUCUAAAACAAGUGCCUUUUUUUUGCACAAUU